AUGUAUGAUUUAGCGACAUUUCGUAUAACCGACCUUUGUCGUGCCAAAAGAAAAUGUAGGCUUAAGGUAGAACCGGAAGUAUUUGGAGAAAAGGACCCUUGCCCUAAUACAGGAAAAUAUUUACAAAUUGGCUAUAAAUGCACACCAGUCUCUUUCGAGGACCAAAACUUUUGUGAAGGCCAACAGACGAGAUUAGGCUGUGCGCGAGGCCAACGUCUCUCUAUUUAUUCGGCACACUAUGGACGGUCAUCGAACGGACAACAAACUUAUUGUGGAGGGAAAGGACAACAAAAACAAGAAGGAAAUUUUGUUAGGGGGAAUAAAAAUGUUCGACAACUAUCCUCAAACGGUCAGUUUGUUUGUUUAAAUAAAUACAUGUUUUAA